AUGGCGGAUUUGAAGCAGUCUGUUUGUGCAGUUGACAGACCAAGAAUUAAAGGCAGUGCUGAACUUAGUGAUAUUGUUCAACCAUCUUGUGGUAUAACACUAGCUGUAGAAUCGCUAAAGGAAAAUAUAUGCAAUUGCUGCUUUUCUCUCCUUGCAAGAGGAGAUCAUUUAUUUUUAAAAUGGAAAGCAGAGCUUGACGUGGUUAGCAGUGUUUUGUACUUUUAUCUAACAACUUUACAAGGUUCACAGACAUUAGGCGAGGAGUACUCUGGAAUAGUUCAAACAGAUUUAGGAGGGAAAAAUAUUCCGACAAAAUUUCAAUCUUUAAGUUUUACAUUUAUACAAUCUGCAUGGCCCUAUAUAAUGAUGAAAGUUAUUGACUAUGCCGACUAUAAGGCUCCGAUAAAAAGUACAGCUAAUCUAAAAAGUACAGCUAAUCUAAAAUGUUAUAUUCAGUAUUUUAUUAUGGUGGUAAAAAAAAUAAAUAUGUUGGCUUUCUACAUAAAUGGUGGUAAUUUUUCAAUAGCAAAACGUAUUAUAGGUAUCAAAAAUUGGCUCAUCCGACCAUAUGCAUCAGAUGAAAUUGAUUCUCAAACAUUUCAUUGGUUAGCGAACUUAGAAUUUAUUCAAUUAGUGACAUUAUUUUUAAAAUUUGGAUAUGAGUUAAAAUUGCAGAAAUUUAGUAAGGAGAUAAAGAAAAAUAAAGAUAAGAUUGGGAUUGAGUCAAAGUCAUUAGUUAAAACCAAAUGCAUUUUGUGCUUUCAGAGAAUUCAACUUGCAAGUUCUACUUUUUGUGGUCAUGUAUUUUGCUGGCAAUGUAUCAUUGAGUGGACCACUGCAAAGUCAGAAUGUCCUGUUUGUCGCUCUCCUUGCUACCCAUCAAGAAUUAUCCAUUUAAAUCAUUUUGAACUAAGUUGAUAGAUAAAAUGUCCUUCAACAAUGUCAUUUAAGUGACAUUUUAGACAUUAAAACAAAUUUGGGCAUGGACUAGUAAAAUAAAUGGUACUUAGUUAAAUUGAUAAAGAAAACUUUUUUUUGUAAGUUAAAGUAACUAAAUUUUUAUAAGUAUUUAUUUGGAGAUUUGUUAUUUAUGUAAAAAUUUAUAUGUAAUUUAUUAUCAACUAUUGUGUUUUUUAUGAGCAGAAAUAUAUUUGUUUUAAGUACU